GUGAGAACGGCAAGAAGGGUCAUGGACGGUCAUGUAUAUCUACCGAGACUCCUUAAAGGGGUUGAUCUCAGUGAGAAAUAUCCAGAAGGGUUAAACCAUAUCAAAAGCAGUACCACCCCCGAAUCAAAGGAAGAUAUACCCGUCACCAAAAUAUUCGCAGAAUUUAUAGCUAGUGUUAAACCGGACGUCCUUUCCGACGCUCUAAUCACUCAAUUAAAGGAUUACAUUAUCGACUACGUGGGUGUCACGGUAGCUGCAGCACAUGACUGGGAGUCCACAGAAUCAAUCUACCGGGGUAUUCUCGCACUUGGGGCGACUGGAGGUUCAAACACGGUGAUACUCAAAGGACAAAAUUUCCAGCCACAAUUUGCCGGCUUACUCAAUGCAACAUUAGGCCAUUCGAUGGACUUUGAUGAUACCUAUGCGCAGGGAACCCUGCACGCCGGGGUCUCCGCCAUUUCUGCCGGUCUAACACAGGCAGAAUUAUUGGGAAGUCACAGCCAACAGUUGCUUCUUGCUGUUGCAGUAGGAUAUGAGGUCAUAUGUCGCCUCGGGAGAGAGCUGGCAAAUGAUGCAUAUGCCCGGGGAUUCCAUAAUACAGGCACCGCAGGCAUCUUUGGUGCUGUGGCUACGAUAUCCGUGCUCAAGCGACUGUCAGCUAAGACAAUAGAAAAUGCUUUUGGUCUUGCCGUCUCAAAAGCAGCAGGAUCCAUGCAGUAUCUUGAGAAUGGAAGUUGGAACAAGCGUCUCCAUCCUGGAUUUGCAGUUCACGACGCCUUCGUCUGCGUCUCUUUGGCCGAGGCUGGUGUAAUCGGAGCAGCCAAAAGCUUAGAAGGGAAAUUCGGGUUUUUACAGGGAUACAGCCCCAAACCGGACAAGGAUCUAGACUACCUGACUGCGGAUCUGGGGGCUAGAUGGACGUUCCUCGAAACCGCUUUGAAGCCAUUCCCAGCCUGCCGCAUGACGCAUGGCUUGAUAGAAAUAGGUGGGAAAUACGGAAGUUUGUCCCGAGAUCGGAACGUCGAGAAGAUAACUAUUUCGUUAAGUCCAGCUAAUCUCAGCGUUGUCGGGCACCGAACUUCCAACAAGCUACAUCCUGAGAACGUGGUUGACGCACAGUUCUCAGCAUACUUUCAACUAGCUCAUGCGUGGCUGUACGGGUCUAACACGGGUGUUAGAUGUUAUGAGCGGCUCAAGGACUCGGCAAUCUACGACUUGUCAGAGAAGAUUGCGUGUGUUGAAGAUGUUACAGUAAAGGCGAUGGGUGCUAAGAUGCAUAUCCAGUAUGUCGACGGAGGUCAGGAACAGAUAAACAUACCAUUCCCAUUAGGCGAACCUGAACACCCAUUCACGAAGGAGCAGAUUGAGGACAAAUAUUUCGGCUUAGUGGUUCCAGUACUUGGUAAGGUAAGGGCAGAAGAGAUAAGAGACCUGGUCCGUGAUUUGGAGAUGCACUCCGUUGUAGAAUUUUUCAAACUGGUUUGCUAG